UGAAUAUUGUUUAGUAGGGGUUUUUUCUAAUUAAGUUACCACAUGGUAAGCCCUUAUUGGACCCAAUAAAUUGCUAUUAACUUGGUCCAAUCUAUCUUUGGCUGGCUUACUCAAUUCAUAGCAUGGAGAUGGAAGGAAAAAAGAGUGAGGUUAAUAAAAAACAAUUCGAUGGAUCAUUCAUUCCAAAAGGAAGGCAUGAUAUCCUGACUGUUGCUAUAGGGAAACCAGAGCAUCUUGGACAUGUUCAAGGAAUCAGAUCAAGGGUGAGCAUAAGAGAUAUAUUUGGACCACCCCGUCAACGCAAUCCUUCAAGACUUGUGACAAGGGAGGAGGUGACUGCGAUGUUAGCUCAAGCAAAAGCAGAGGUUGAGGUUACCCUUGAAGUUAGAUUGCAAAAGAUGAAGGAGGAAAUGUUAAUGCAAAUGAGCUCACAGAAGGUGUCAAAUGCCCCACAUACCCCCUCUCUUACUUGUCAUUGGAGCACUAAAGAGAGUAACAUCGUUCAACUUCCUUCAAAAGAUGACCCAACUCCUAACCUUGAGCAAUGCUUCUUGUAUGUGGAGAAUAUAAAAAAAUGCUUAGUAGCACGCGGUCGCAUCCAUGAAGAUGUUGUCAAGGUAACCAUUGAAGAGGUCAAAAUUGACGAUGCUGAUAUCCCAUUCCCUACUGAUAAGAUCAAGACGGUAAAAAGAUGCCAAGGGCACUUUCACUUUAUGGCCAAAGAGACUUGUCAGGAUGCCUCAAAAUUCGGUUUUUAUAUCAAAUGUUGGUCUCUUCAGGCAAAGAUAAACAAUACGGAUUUCUUUGCCCACGUUACACUAAUGAUAAUGAGACCACCAAAGAGACAAAAGAGGAAUACAUGAAUCAAAGGCUCAGUGAAGUGCUCAUUGGCAAUUGAUAGUGUUUUCAAUGAAAAACAAUUCUAUCCUCUUUUUAUGCUCUCUACAUCAUAAACUCAAUCCAGCAAUGAAGAAGUCUUGUGAGCAGGCUAUGAGGAUUGGCCAGCAAGUUCGAUUGGGCAAGACCUUACAUGAUGUCAAGAAUCCUACAUGGAUAACACCAAAAAGCCGACAUCAACCUCCUACUAACUUGUGUGGCUUUUAUGUGUUGAGACACGUGUACAACAUCAUCACGGCUGGUUUGAUAGAG